AUGAGGGGGCUUAUGGUGGCAAUGGCCGUUGCGCUGCUCAUGAGACGAGAGGAGACUCGCGGUGAAGAUGGCGGGCUGAGAGCUCUUUACUCCCUGUGUGAGAGGAUGGAACGUUCUAGAUCGCCGUCUUGUCUCAUGGAGCGCAGAUGGCAAGGUCGUAGUAUAGACUUUACCCCAUGCCUCACACUUCGGGGAGGAGAUUCCACCACAGCAAAGAGUGAGAUCAAGCAAGACAGAGAGAAUGUGGAGCCAUCUAAAGAAGGAGCUGAGAGCCCGCCUCUGAAAUCGAAACGAAGGCUUGAAGGGAAAAAGAAGAAGGCGAAGAAAACGAGCGACCUCGAAGAGAACUCGAUGAAAGACUUCGACUCCGCUGAGCUUGAUGCCUGCCUAAAAGAAAUCGAAGAAAAGUCAAAAAAGAGUGAGAAGACAGAAGACAAGAACACCUCAGGGGAACAGAAAUCAGGGGAAAAGAAAAAGCUGAAGAAACGCAAAAGCAAAGCGACGAAGAAACGGAAAACAAAAUCGAAUGUUCCAUUCCGUGCUUGGAUGGACCCUGUUCCAAGUGGACAAUCAUUAGUUCCAAACCUGGAAGCAUAUGACGCUUUGUUCCCCCUGAAUCUCGAAUGGCCUACGCUCUCACUUGAUUUUAUGGAUGAUAUGAGUGGUCAAAGACUUGUUGUGGGAACUCAGGCUGCGAACCCCGAAAGCAACAAGGUGAUGAUGCUGGACACAUGCGGCCUGCGACGAUUCAAAAAGCGACAGGAAAAGAAAGAGCCAGACCCAAAAGCAAUUCCAUAUUCGAUCGCCCACAACGGUACAGUGAACAAGGUCAUUUGCAUGCCUCAAAGUCCCACGAUUGUGGCUAGUUUGUCUGAAUACGGCACUAUCAAUGUAUAUGAUUGGGAUAACGUCCUGCGGCCUGCAAAAAUCUGGUCAUCCGAAGAUUCAUCUCAAGUGCCAGAAAGCAACCCAGGAGAAGGGUGGGCCCUAGCGUGGAACCUCCGAGAGGAGGGUAUCCUUGCAUCAGGGCAUAAUUCUGGGAUGAUAUUUCUUCAUUAUCCAAAGAUAAAAGACAAGCGUUCGAUUGCAGUCGAGGGUCAUUCAUCAAGUGUCGAGUGCGUAUGCUGGUCGCCGACCGAGGCUUCUGUACUCGCCACCUCUUCUUCUGACAGAUCGAUCAAGUUCUGGGAUAUCUCAUCGGAUUCCUUUCAUUGUGCCUUAACUAUAGAAGAAGCGCAUGAAGAUCCUGACAGCAAUAUCUACCUUGUUAGGAAGCUGUUAGUGAGUGGUGGAGAAGACGGAGCAAUCAAGGUUUGGAAUCUCCAAGAUCUCAAAUCUCAGAAGACGACGACCAAGUCUCUGGCUCCGAUCGCUGUGUUGAAUUUUCACAAAUCCGCAAUCUCAAGCGUCAACUGGCAUCACAAAGAUCCGACUAUGUUGGUUGCGGCCUGUCGAGAGGAGUGUGUGAGCAUAUGGGAUUUUAGCCUUGAGAAAGACGAUGUGGCCAAUGACAUUGAGGCUAAGUAUGGGCUUAUGGAGCUGCCCCCGCAGCUUCUCUUCCUGCAUUACGGCCAAAAAGAGAUCAGCGAUGCAAAAUGGCACCCGCUCCUCCCCAAUGUGGUCUUCAGCUCUUGCUCCGAUGGCAUACACAUCUGGAAGCCCUCUACUCUAUGA